AUGGCCGAGAGUCUGCAGAAUCCUUUGCCGAAUAUUUCGGUCAACCAAGGUCAGCCAGAAGAGUACGUCCCGCGGAGGCGCAAUAGAACGGGGUGCUUGACAUGCCGUCGAAGGAGGAAGCGAUGUGAUGGCGUCCGAGAUGUUUGUGGCCAUUGCAUUCGUCUCAACCUCAUCUGUCACUGGCAGGAUCCCCGUAACAUAGGGGAAGGCUCUGCAUCUUCAUCACAUCCGGUAUCGCAGCGACCACGGGUGACAGAUCAUUCCUGCGUGCCUUUGACCAUCCCAAUCGCACCCGCCCCUUUUCAAUUUCUGCAGAGCGAUGCCCCAGAACUUGCUCGUCGAUCACUGGAUCGCAAGUUGGCGCUGAGAUACUACGUUCAGAUCUUUAAUACUAUGCUGACCACCAAUCUGGAGAACAACGGAUUCCUGUCUGUGCUGUUACCCAUGGCAAUUGAGGAGAAAGCGCUUCUUGAUAUGCUAAUUGCAUGGUCAUCAUCUCACCUAUCUCUCUGCGACGACACCUAUCGUAUCAAAGCCCUUGAACAUCGAUCUACAGCUCUGCAGUCUUUCACGUCAUCUUUGUCGAAGAAUGAAUCCCCUGAAGUCUCCUUGGCUUGCUGUCUUGUCUUUUGUUCUAUGUCGGCCGUCUUGGGCGAUACUGCAGAGUGGCGUAACCAUCUUGUGGGCGCCGCGCACAUAAUCCGACACGCCUGGCUCUCGUCGACACAAGAUGAGAGCCUAAAGAAUCCUCCAUAUGAGAUCCGCUGGCUACUAAGGAAUUUCGCGUAUCACGACAUCCUCAUGAGCGUAACAUUGGAUCGCGAGCCUUUGAUACCAGGGCGAUACUGGAUCCCGCAGCCCAUGAACGAAUUGGAUUCUUAUGUAGGGCUGGCAUCUGAGCCACUAGCCCUGAUUUCCAAAAUCAGCUCGCUGAAUGGUGACGCUAUCCGACAAAUGGAAAGUUCAUCGCCUUGCAGCACUUAUUCGAUAGAAUUUGAGCUUCAGGAUUGGAAAUGCCCAGAAUCGAACAGUCGGUGCCUGGUCAAUCUUGCAGAGGCCUAUAGAAGCUCAGCUCUCAUACACCUAUAUCGUGUGAUGCGACGCAGGAUCUUAGGAUCAAGCACAGAGCUUGAAGGCAAGAUUGCAAGCCAAGUUACUUCAAUCGUAUAUCAAUUAGAGCAGAUGCCACUGGGAUGCCUCCCGGAAUGCACUUCGCUGUUCCCUCUCUUCAUGGCUGGGGGCGAGACCCGAUCCAAGUCAACAAUGCAGUUUAUCCGCGAAAGACUGCAGCAUAUCGCAACUUAUCGACACUUCCAAAACGCCGCCUCUGCGUUAUCAGUCUUAGAAGAGCUAUGGCUGCAGCAUACGAGUAUCACAGGAACAAUGAAUAGUCAUUUAUUAGAUUGGCUUGAUAUCAUUAGGCGAAGGCACUGGGAACUCGCGUUGUCUUGA